UUGAUGGAGAAACCUAAAGAGGCCGUAUACAGAGAGGAGAGUGAUGCCAGCUCAGAGGAGGAGACCAACCACAGCUCAGCCUCUUCUGGAUUCAAAGAGAAAGCGUGCUCUGCAGAAGAUGAUGACAGACCAAUGGAAGCAAGUGCUGCAACAGGCAUCAAGAAAAAUGAUGCUGGGUUUAUCUUGGCAUUAUGUGGUGAUGCAGGUUCAAUUGUGACUGGAUCCAAAAACAUCUUAAUUCCCCAAAAGGAACAUACACAUUUUUCAUCCAUGCUGUACGACUUGUGUGGUCGGCACAUAUCUGUUAUUAACCUGCUCGGCCAACAAGACAUUAUAGAUAUUGAAGAAACAACCCUAAAUAAGGGAAUUAAUGCCUUUCUUUUGUUGAUCAAAAAUGGUCUCCAUGAGAACCAUUACAAAUCAGGGCUGCGGUGGUUGGAAAAAACCUUUGGCAGAGAGUCACUGCCUUAUGUAAUGACAGUUGUGACUCGCAGUUUAGGUGAAAAAUGUGAGGAUGCACUAAAAGAUCUGCAAGUCCACGAGAGCUUUGCUGAAAAUAGAUACCACGUGUGUAUAAGGAGUAUGUCAGAGGCAGAGGAGAUAGCCGAGCUGCUGGUAAAAAUAGAAAUCAUGGUUUCUGAAAACAAUCCAUCCUGCUUUACGGGCCGGAUACGCGGUGGAAAUAGAGAGCAAAAAGAGGAUCUGGAGCCCGAACAUCAUGGAUACAAGUCAAUGGAGCCUGCAGUGCUUAAGGAAAACAAAACUGGUAAAACAUAAUUGUGUUCUUUCAUGAGUUAAUAAUUCUGUACAUUUCUUACAGCAGGAACCUAACAG